AUGGCUACCAAUUUCAGGAAUUCUGGCUCAGGCAGCCAAUACAGCAACACACACGGAACUCAGAACAAUAACUCUGGCUCUUGGAAUCAAUUCAACGCAAAUACCAUCAAUUACAAUGCUCAGAACCAAAGCGAUUCCAAACUCCUCGCCGAUUUGCGCGUCACUGAUCCACGCGACGACAAAAGACGUAUCGAGCGCAGAAAGGGCGGGCUCCUACGCGAUUCAUACUGCUGGAUUCUCGACCACAAGGCCUUUGUCCGAUGGCAGACCGAUACGCAGAGCUCGCUUCUCUGGAUAAGAGGCGACCCUGGUAAGGGCAAAACGAUGCUUAUUUGCAGCAUCAUUGACGAACUACCUGCACGCAUGCCAGGAUGGGAGACGAUCUACUUCUUUUGCGAAGCGACAGAUUCGCGUCUCAACAACGCGACAGCCGUACUGCGCAGCCUUCUGUAUCUGUUACUCAGAAAGAGGCCUUCUCUUUCUAGAUUCAUACGCGAAGAGCAUGAGCAUGCGGGAAAGCGACUGUUUGAAGACGCUAACGGCUGGGACUUUUUGAGUAUAACAUUCAGCAACAUCCUGCAAGAUGGCGGCCUCGAUGGCUUUAUCCUUGUUAUCGACGCACUAGACGAGUGUACGGCAGGCCUUGAUCAGCUCCUCGACUUUAUCGUUGGUUUGUUUCCGUUUCACGUUAAGGUCAUCGCUUCAAGCCGUAAUUGGCUAAGCAUCGAAGAAACUAUGGCGACUAUCUCGGAUCGAGCAUGUAUCAGUCUAGAGCUAAACCAGACGUCGGUCUCGGCAGCUGUGAACCGAUACAUUCGUCAUCAGGUGGACAAAUUAGCACGCCUCAAGAGAUACGACAGUACCACCCGGGAUGAGGUUUACGACUACUUGAGCUCAAAAGCAGACGAUACGUUCCUUUGGGUUGCUUUGGUCACCGAACAACUCAGGAAACCCGGUGUCUCUAGACGGCAUGCCCGGAUGAAACUAGAAGAAUUCCCUCAGCACUUAGACGCCUUGUAUAACCGAAUGUUGGCCAGGACUUGGGAAUCGAUGGAUAGGGAUCUUUGCAGACGAAUCCUGGCGGUUGCUUCAAUUGUUUGUCGGCCCGUCACCUUGCUGGAAUUACUAUCCCUAGCAGGGUUGACAGAGCGCCGCAUUGAUUUGGAGACCCUGAAAGAGAUUGUUGGAGAAUGUGGUUGCCUUCUGACUGUAAAAGACGACGUCGUCUAUUUCGUUCAUCAGUCGGCGAAAGACUUUCUGUUUCGGCACGCUCUAGCGGACACCAUGCCCCUCGGUAUUCAUCGAGAACACAACCUCCUCUUGUCAAGAUCACUAGAGGUUAUGUCCAAAACCUGCCGUCGGAAUAUCUACAAUCUCAAGGAGCCCGGGGCAUCCGUUGAAAACAUUCGCACUCCAGUGCCCGACCCCCUAGAACCGGCCAGAUACGCAUGUGUUUACUGGGCCGAGCAUAUUGACGACGGAGGGCACAUGCCGCAACUCCAGUACCGACAAGUUUACGAGUUUCUCAAGAAACACUUCUUACAUUGGGCAGAAGCCCUAAGUCUACUGCGAAGUGUGUCCGGUGGAAUAACAAGCCUCCUCAAACUUACCCAGGUAUUCUCCAAGAUCACAAAAUAA